AUGCUGGGACAACGUCGGAUAGCGACUCGACUCGCUCAGACUGCCCGCGCGCGACCGGCACUCGCUCCCCGUUCGCGCACACUCACCACCACCUCCCGACCCUCUGUCGCCUCCUCACCACCACACUCACACCCCGGCCAGGCUCCAAAACGCUCGCUCUUCCUCCUCUCGACUGCAUUGGCGACGACAGGCUUGCUGGCAGGCUACGGACUCGCCCUGGCCGCUCCCAGACCAGGACUCGUCUCGCUCGUCUUUCCCCAUCCGACUCCGCACCCGCCUAGCGCCGACUCGCCUGAAGCGGUCGAGCACACAGACGUGAUCGAGAAGGGCUUGCACGAGUUGGAAAUCGUGAAGAGGUUGAAGGCGGAAGUCGUUCCUUCCCUCACACCCGCCGACGCAUCUUCAUCCGACGCCGCACCAAGCCAAGCAACCUCACUCACCAACGCCGCCUCUCAACUCUCCCCCACAUCCGCUCUCGACACGCCCCUCACUCCCCGUUACACCCUCUCCCGUCCAUAUGCCGCCACGCCCCCCGGCCCACACUCCCUAAGCGGCUACACCCUCCGCGGACCCGGGAAAUUCGCCGUCCCUCCACUGGUGUUCACCACCAAGGACAAGAGGGAGAGCGUGUUGGUUGUGCAUGUGGGAGGAGGGCUGUGUGGACAUGAGGGUGUUGUGCAUGGCGGGUUGUUGGCGACUGUGAUGGAUGAGGCGUUGGGCAGGACGGCCCUCCUCAACCUCCCCACCAACAUCGGCGUCACCGCAACCCUGACAAUGAAGUACAAGAAGCCGACUUUCGCAAACCAAUACCUCGUCAUCCGGACCGAGUUGGUGGAGCAGAAGGGACGGAAGGCUUGGGUCAAGGGCAAGAUUGAGAGUACGGAUGGGGAGACGUUGGUUGAAGCCGAGGCCCUCUUUGUCGAGCCGAGGAUGGCCAAGUUCCUCAGCAACUCGAGCGUUCGCGAGGCGCUCAAAUAG